AUGUCGACAGCCCCAUCAUCACGUCGGUUGUUCCAGGGCCAAGGCGAAAACAUGGGACCGCCAGGGAAAGCAAUUGCUCGGCCACGACCAGACAGUAGCAACCGGCCAGUGCUAGGUGACCUGACGCCGAACGCCAAACUCGACAAGCAGCAGCAACAACAACAACAACGCGGUGGCAGCCCGCUCAAGCGACAAGCAAAUAUCCUCGACGAUGCCAAGGGCUUCAGCUACAUCAAGCGUCGUCGCCUGUCACACAACAAUGCCCUGACACGCCGCAUCACUCCGCAACCCACCCAGGAUACGCAGAAGGCGCACGACCAGCCCGACCACGACUCGCACGACGACACUGGCAGCGGUCGCUCCUCCCAGAACUCCAACGCUACCCGUGCCUCCUUCUCGUCCCUCAUCAACUACGACCCCUCGUCACAGCACAUCUCGCAACAACAUCAGCAACCCACCCCUUCCUCGGCAUCAAUGUCCAUCAGAACCGCUGCCCAAACCCUGCGGCUACGUCUCCGCAUCGCCAUUUACAAAGUCCGCACAAAUCAAAUCAACGUGCCCUUUUCGCGUCUGCAGAUCAUGUCCAAGCAACCCACUCGACAACAACAACCCCAACCUCAAGCCCCUCCCUCGCCUGACGCCCUACCCAUGGCUCCUCCGCCGUUACGCUCUUGCAACGACAAAACCCCUCACGUCGCUGAUUCGCAAGCACAAGCUCAACAAGCUCUCUUCUCCACGCCCAACAUCUUCUCCAACCGCUUCAUGCCCUUCAAUGCUCCCUCAAGCUCCCCACCGUUAGCACACGAUCCUCUACCGCGUAUUGCAAGAGAAGCACAGGCCCGUAUGGCUGCUGCCGCCGCAGAUAGAGAUAGCCUGGACUCGGAAGCUACAGAGCUGGCUGAUGAUCAUGAUGAACACCCCGUGGCUGAGAGUCCCUUGGAUAGGUCUAGAAGACAUCACAUGCUACCGCAAGCGUGA